CCGGCGAGGCUGCUGGUUCUCCAAGUGGUCUGAACUCUUCAACCAUUUAGGAGACUUUACUACAUUUACAUGUGUUAAAUCAUCUCACUGGAUUUCAUGAGUGCCAAGAAGGCCAUCCUGGAGGGAAAAGGGGCAGCUGGACACUAAGUAUCUUCCAAGGUUCUGUUUCCCAGCUGACACUAUGAAACGACGACAAAAGCGGAAACAUAUUGAAAAUGAGGAUUCUGAUGAGAAACAAGGAGGGCCCUCAAAGUCCCCAGAAGAUGCUCCUCAGGCUCUAUCAAGUGCAGUGGCCUGGAACCAGACCCCGGGUAUUGGGGAGACAUCCUCUGGCUCUGAAUACUUCUCGUGUGUUUCUUCUCCAUCUAAGCUUGCCAAGCUCAUCUGUGGUAGAACUUCAAUGUUACCAGGAUGUGCUUCUCAGCCGGGGUGCUCUGGAGUGGCCAAAGUCCAGACUCUGGGGGCAGGGGAGACAUCUUCUGCUUCCGAGCACCAUGUUUCUUCUCCACUCAAGCUUAUCCAUGGAAUCCACGGAGUGCAAGGAGAUGGGCCCAAGGAUAAACCAUCCAUUGUCCAGGUUGAAAAACGAGAAAUGCCUUCUGCCCCCAAGCUUAUCUCCUUUUCUUCUUGUUCAUCUUGUAAGACCUGUAUAAACUCUGUGUGUAUAAACAAAGAAGAAACAAGUAUGAAAAUAUACUACACAGAGGUAAAAAUGAAAAAUGGCGUGGCUGUCUCCUGUGAGGCAGAGGAGACAUCAGAGUCCCCAGGAAAGCAACCAAGAAUGGAAGAAGCAGUGCUUCCUGAGGGUCUCCAGGAGCACGUGCAGUAUGGCAUCAGGGAGGGCUUCAGUUGCCAUGUCUUCCACCGUGCCAUGACUCAGCUCAGAGGAAGUGUGGAAGCAGAGUGCACCCAAGAGAAGGUGCAGGAGGAGGAGCAGGAAGCAAAGCAGGAGCAGAAGCAAGAGGAAAAGGAGUGUGAGGAGGAGCCACCCGCAGGGGAAGAUCUUGUCCGGAAGAAACCCUGGAGCCAAUGUCCAGGCUAUGUGUUUCAUUCUCCAGAGGAAGGAAGUGAGUGA